UCGGUUUAUAUGGUAUAUACCAAAACCAAACCAUAUUGUCUAUUUCGGUUCGGUUCGGUUCGGUUCGGUACGGUUCGGUUUUACCAUAUUGAACAGCCCUAUACCGAGUAAAAAAUAUCUAUUUUACUUUGAAUGUGCAAACUCCCACCGACUAUACGUCUCCGAUUCUAUAAAUUGGACUCAAACUUGUAAAGACGAGCAUGUCAAAAUUCACAACGUAACACUGCAAAGCUAAAAGGAGAGGCAAAAUGUCGUUUAUAUGUUCUGGGAAGACCUCAUGGCCGGAGCUUAUGGGAACAAAGGGAGACUAUGCGGCUUCUGUGAUCGAACGUGAGAACCCGGAAGUCACAGCAGCCGUGAUUGUAGUUCAAACUCCGGUGCCUUUUGAGUAUAACAUCAGGUGCAACCGGGUCUGGGUCUGGGUUGAUAAAAAAGUUGAUGGUACCGUCGUUGUAGUCCCUAUCGUCGGUUAGACUUGUAUACGGACCACGCUGUGUUACUAUGUCAAUUUAAUAUGAAUAAAAUAAAAGAACUAUGUACAAUGCAUAGUUGAUUGUUGGUUGGUUAUGAUGUAGUUUUCUCGUUUGCGUGGACAAUUUAUGUUUUCGUUACCCGAACGGUUACUGAUGUCCAAAGUUAUAAAUAAAUGUUUGUACUCCAACCUAAUGGUUGCAGUUGAAUAAA